AUGUCGGAGGACGCAGUCGGCCUCGCCGCUGUGACCGUGCUGGCUGUCCUGGAACAAGCCUAUUUCUCUCUGCAGGUGAUCUAUGCCAGGAGGAAGUAUUCGGUUUCUCCCCCCGCCACCACGGGCCCCCCCGAGUUUGAGAGGAUCUUCAGAGCUCAAGCCAACUGUUCCGAGUAUUUCCCUAUCUUCAUCACCGUCCUGUGGAUGUCCGGACUCUUCUUCAGUCAAGGUGCGUCUUCAGUCUGUGGGCUGCUGUAUCUGUACGGACGCUUCCGGUACUUCCGCGGAUAUUCCCAGUCGGCACAGGGACGUCUGGCUCCGCUGUAUUUCAGCGCCCAGGUUCUCUGGGUUCUGAUCGGGUUCUCGUGUGUCGGUGUGCUGCUGGCGUUCUGCAGAGUUUACCUGGCGCUGGAUCUGAUUGGCCGACUCACCGAGGCACUCCGACUCACCUGA